AUGGGUAAAAUUGGGGACAUAACUAUACAGACGGAUGGCGGUAAGGAAGUUUAUCGCUCUGGGGAGGAGGUGAAGGGAGUAUGGCGCGUGCAUGUAAUUGAGCGCGUUACAGUAAAUGACGUCGCUGUCAGUUUGAAUGGAGAAACAUACGUCAAGUGGACAGAAAGCAGCGUCGAGGCGAGGGCACCCGACUUAAAAUUUAUCUCCCGAGAAAAGUACACAAACCAGAAGAAAGCAGUAGUGUUUCAAAAAACAACUUUGGAAGCAGGAGUACAUGAGUAUCCAUUCAGCUUUCGAAUGCCAACUGAUAAAAUGCCAUCCUCCUUUGAGGGAAAGCGAGGCUGUACACGUUACUGGCUGUACCUGAAGAUUACGCGACCAUUGCCAUGGCGAGAUGUUGUCAGUGAUAAGUGCGUAACCUUUAUUGACGAUGUGGAUAUAAAUCUACAAUAUUAUGCUAAACCACUUACCAAGAAAAAAUCAACACAUUUGUCAAAGAUACUCGGAUUUGGUGAUGCUGGGGAAGUAACUUUGACAGCGAAUGUACACAGAACUGGCUUUUGUGCUGGGGAGGCUAUACCCGUAACAGUGGAUGCUGUAAACGCUUCCUCGAAAGAUUUGGGAAAGCUGAAGGUCUCCUUGGUGCAGAGAGUAUCAUAUAAAGCAAAUGGUGAUACAGAAACAGAGGACACCGUGAUCUACACCAAAACUGGGUCAGAUCCAAUCAAACAGAGACAUACAAGGAGCUGGAAGGACGAGCUGGUACAUAUAGAUGCCGUUCCUCCAUCUACACGGACAAGAGCCUCUUUCUGUCUAAAUGUCUCGUACUUUAUCAAGGUAUACAUUGACAUUUCCUUCCUGAGUGGUGGUGAUCUGGUACUCUGGCUACCCAUCACCAUUGGUACUGUACCACAGGGCUACAAAAAAGCAACACCAGCAGGGAGAGCUACUACAUCAAACAUUCCUGUGAUUGACCUUUCUAAUGCACUGACCCACACCAGGUGUAACAGAGGCUGGGAGAAGUUCAAUAGGUCAACUGACAAUGCAAUACCAGAAUAUGUUUCUUAUACACCAAUGUGUGUCUUUGUACCAAACUACACAUACAAACCCCCACCGAAAAAAGCAACCAAUAAGAUGAGUGCAGCCGUACAGGUUCGCAGUCCACCUAUCUCUGGAACAACAAAAACAGCAAAUGCUGCUGCAAUAUCAAACAAUCCAACUCAAGUUCAACCAUCAGCUUCCACUUCCGGUCCAAUAAAAUCUACUACCUCUGCUACAAAACCAACAAACAGUCCCAUUCCAGUGCAAACAUCAGUUACCAUUUCUGGUUCGACAAAAUCUACUGCCUGUGUUGCUAAACCUACAAACAGCCGAACUGUAUCGCAAACAUCGAUUUUGACUCCUGGUCAAGAAAGGAAUACAACAUCUGCUACUCAAGAUUCGAGUACGUCAAAUGGAGGUCAGAGUCGGCCAGAGCCAUCUGCUCCACCUGCUCCUUACGAUGAAGCUGAAGGUUACAACAUACAUGAUGAUGAGGUACUUCUCCCUAGCUAUGAAGAACUGUUUGGUCAAGGGGCAGCUGAGGGUAAUAUUGAGGUAGAAGAGACUGCCACAGGCAAGGUGUUUAUGUUGAUCAGGUUUCAAUCUUCUCGGCGCCAGGAGUUUGUCAAUUCAAUGAAAAAUUACAGUUCUGGGCUUGAAAAGUUCCAAGGGUAUCUGUCUGCAUUACAGCACAAGGCAAGUAACAUUAAAGUAGGUACAUGGAACAAGGCCAGUCUUCUGGCCAUCCUCACAUUUGAGUGUGCAGACAUGGCUCGAGAUUGGCUCAAAACUACUCCGGAAAUAUGUAUGGAGAAGUGGCUGGGAGGUUGCGACAUUCUGUUAGUUGAAUCAUCAGAACCGUUUCAGCAAGAUCACCAAGUUCUUUCUAUGUCCAACAUUGGCAUAACUGUAGAGGACACAAACGAAAACUUGGCACGAUAUCGGUACCUGCUUAACGAAUACCUGAAACCAUCAAGGGUGCGGAUUGGCGGGGUAUCAGUUGCCUCCUCUAAGGUAAACCAUUGCCUGCGUGGAAAGUGGGAAAUGGAUAUUGAGAAAACUAUCGUAAUUCUGUCUUGGCCGACCAUGGAUGUCCUUAGAAAGUAUAGGGGCAGUGUGGAUCCUGAAAUCUACCAGGAAAGUUUAGAGCUGAGAAACAAGGUAUUUGAAAUUGUGUUGACUGCAGUUGUACAACUUGGUCCGCUACCCAGUCUAGCCAACAGUGAGGAGGAAGAUGGUGGGGAGGUUCAAGCUUCAUAA